GUGUGGACCUCAACUUGUGGUUUUUGUACAGCAUUUUUCCGGGUGUUACAGUGUUACAGUGCAUGAAAAAUAUAAAUUGCAUAUUGCAAAUAGUGUAAACACUUUUAAAAAACUAAUUUGCGUGCAAAAAAUAACCUGGAAAAAAAGUUGUUCGUUUUUAACAGCAAUGAAAGGCAGUUAAUGGUUCGCUACUUAAGAUUUUCGUUGCCGACGUCGGAUCUCUUAUACAGAUUUAGUAAACGGCGCAAUCGCCAAAACGCAGCAACGCUUCCCACUGUGCAGCAGACAUAAAUUAAUGUUUCGGUUGCUGGCAGUCUAAACAUAAGCACAGGAUUCAUUGAUCAAGUCGCUCAAAAUGGAGGAAAUAUCUAGUUCAGAUUCCUUUGGAGCCGAUUCAAGUGUCAGGCCUGAAUCUGAAACGUCUAAGUUGGAUGAGGACAACUCACGAGACAAAGUUGAAAAGUCAGCAGCUGUGCAAGAUACGCCGGCUUCGCCACCAGCUGAAGAGGAUGCAGCUGUUGAGAAUCCCGGAACUGAUGCCAACAUUGUCAAAAAGUCAACUACAACAACAACAGCAACCGGCGAUGGGGACGAUGAUUUUGAUCAAAUAUCAGAGGGCUCCUUGGAUAUGGAUGAAACGCAAUCACAGGGCAAACCUGAUGAUGCAAAUGAUGAACAGGAUUCCAUGUCCAAAGAAAAAGAAAGCCAGGAUGUUGAAGAAGCAAAUACUUCAGCAAAUGCAAACUCUGAUGAUGUACCGGAAGUGGAUGAGGAGCCAGAGGCUCCUGAAGAAGAAGAGCAGGAGCAUUGCAACAUCGAUACCAGCGCCGAUGCUGAUGCACUGCAGCAGCGCGAUGCAUUUGAAAACGUUGAAGGUGAUGGCGAUGGCGAUGAAGAAGCCGGCGAUAAUGAUGCCGUCGAUGGUGCACCCGCUUCCACGGAAGCAAUGGAAGUAGACGACGGCGAGGUGGAAAGUGAAGCUGCAGCAGCCAAGAAUACAGAAGAGGAGCCAGCUGGCGAUGUCGACGAUGUGGAAAUGCGCUCAGAGGGCAAUGAUUCUCGGCAAGGUGCUGGUGAAGAGGAAGAAGAUGAUGGAGAGGGCAGAAAAACAAGGGAUGCAGGUAAUGCUAUAGAUAUGGAUACACCAUCCGAGGGCAGGGAUGAAGUUGACCGUACAGAAGAUCAGGACGAAGAUGCACCUGCAGCUGGUGAAGAUGUCGCUGAGGACGAUGAGCAAGGUAAUGCAGAUGCAGAUGCGGAUGCUGAUCAGUUGGAUGAUUCUGGCGAAGUGGAGCAGUUGGAGGAAACGGCAGAAGCCGAGCAUGGAGAUGAUACGGUUGAGAAUGUUCUGGAGCCGGAGGAGUCGGACGUUUGUCUCAUACCUGACGAUCCCGAAACGGAGGUAACCGAAGCCGAAAAGGAAUUGGCUCGCGAGAAUGCCGAAAAGGCUGCCGAGGAGGAAGAAGCCGCUGAACAAACGCAAUCCGCAUCGAAAUCUCCUGUCGCCGAUGUGGACGAUGCAUUAGAAGCCAACAACGACAAGGAUGAUGCGGCAGCUGACGCAAAUGCUUCAACGGAGGACUUGCCAGGAACACCAAAUGCUGAUGCUCAAGCUGAUAAGCAAGUUGGAGCCGCGGGUUCAGAGAGUGCUAAAGCAAAUACAGGACCAAACGAUGAGGAUACGCCGGAAGCAGAUGCACCUGAUGCCGAUGAGCCCACGCAAGAGGAAUCCUCUGGUGCAGCAGCUGGUGAAGCAGGUUCCGCAGCAAAGAUAAUCAUCGGCUGGAUUGUGGCAAGCACACAUAAAUGCCGACAGUGCGAUAAUGAGAAGAGUUGCGGCUUUCGCUUCAAAAAUCCCGAUGUGGAGGCCAGGGAUGAGGAGCCAGCUGCCGUGGGCACCUAUGAGUAUCUGUGCGAUCAGGCGUGUUGUGAUGCAUUAUUGGCCGAGCAUCCAGGAAAAUACUUUUUGCGGCGCAAAAAGUUCCUUGUGGAGGAGGUCAGCCAAGAGGUGGCAGCUGUAGCUGCAGCUGCCGAUGAUGAAGAGCCGGGAGCAACCGCAACGGAGGCAGCUGAAGACGCAGAAGAAGAAGGAGGUGCCCGAGAAGCAAGCGACAAUACGACUGCCAAGAUGAAUAACUGCCUGCAGUGCAAGGAGCAGAAGAAGUGCAAAUACUUUCUCAGGCAGGAGCAGGAUACAUACUACAUAUGCAACGAUGAUUGCUACAAUCUCUUGAAUGCCGAAGAGCCGGACAAGUUUAAGCUAAAGCGUCAUUCGAUACGUGUACGGAACAUUGGUGCAACUACGAUUCGAUCGCCCAACAAGAAGCCGGAGGCCAAUGUUGUGGCACGCACCAAUGCCGAAGCGGAUGCAGCUCGUCUGGAUCGCUUGGAGAGCUUCAGACGUCGCUGUGCCGACUGUCAGACGGAGAUCGAUGUGAACGAGAAGCAGCUGAUGUGGGAGACUAUGGACUUUUGCAAUGAGAUAUGCUUGGGCCGAUAUCAGCGUUCGUUUGGCGGCAACUGUGAGACCUGCAAGCAGGAGGUCAGCUCCAUGGCGCUGGGCAAGUACUGCGUCCGUUUUGGGUUCGAGGUGCGUCAGUUUUGCUGUGCCGCCUGUCUCAACACCUACAAGAAGGGCUUGAAGACGUGCUCCUGCUGUCAGAAGGACAUAAGCAGCGGACAGGAAGGCUUUCUGGCACCUGUCGGCGACAAGGAUCAGUUCAAGGACUUCUGUUCGCAGGCCUGUCUCCGGCGUUACGACAAUAUGUGCAAUCCCAAAAAGAAACUGCGCACGGACAUGUGUGGCGUAUGCAAUAAUGAGAAGCCGGUGCGUGUGGAAAUGCUGCUGGAGGACAAGGAGCAUUAUUUCUGCUCGAAUCCGUGCUUCUCGGCAUUCAAAUUUGUGAGCAACGUCAAUGCCGAUCCCUGCGCCAUGUGCUGCAAAUACUUUGAACGCAAGACUGCCGAACCGUAUACCAUUUACAACAACGAUCAGACAACGCCCAAAGUGUUUUGCUCCAGAAUCUGCAUCAAUGUGUACAUCAUUGUUAAUCGCCACAUUGUGUCGUGCCAGUGGUGCAAGGUGAAGAAGUACAAUUUCGAUAUGAUCUACAGGCAACAGGGCGAUCUGGAGACACUCACCUGCUCCAUCAACUGCCUAACCAUGCACGGUGUUAGCUGCAACAUUUCGGCACGUGCCGUCACCAAGUGCGACAAUUGCAGCAAUGCAAGCACGCCUCAGUAUCAUCUCACCAUGUCGGAUGCAUCGAUGCGCAACUUUUGUACAUAUCAAUGUGUAAUGCAGUUCCAAAAUCAAUUUGCCCGCACUCCGCUCACCCUAGACAGCGAUCUGCCAUCAACAUCAGCCAGCAAGGCGCAGCAGCAGUCCUCAUCGCAGGCUCGUGGCAGCAACAAAAAUGCAGCUCCAUUUCCCACUGGAUUGCCCAAGCGAGUUAAAGUCAAAUUAACGCAACAGCCGUCCGGUGUAAAAAAUAAUACUGCCGCUAACAAGAAAUUGGGUGGCAGCGGUUUACCAGUUAUUUCGACAGUGCAAUCUCUGGCCAGUGGCGAAACAGAGGCACGUAUUGGCAAUGUAACUGUACGGCGUAAACGUGGCCGCAAGCCGGACUCGCCACCGCCACUGGUCAUGAGUAUUCCAUCGCCAGCUGCGUCCGGUGGAGACGUACGUGGACGGGGACGACCUCGGAAGCACGUGGAUUAUAGCAUUGCGCGAUCGCCAUCACCGCCAAGACGGCUCAUCGGCACACCGGGUAGCGAUUUUCCGGCACCGGUAACGGAAACAAAGAUCAUCACUGUGCCGCCGUAUCCAAAGGCCGUGCGCAAUGUGAAUAUCAGCUGCAAACCCAUGACCGUUACCACGGGUCAACAGUGCACGCCGUCCGUGCGCGAUUGCGCCACGCAGACCGAGAAGGACUAUUCGAACAAGGUGUUGAUACCAGUACCUGUGCCCAUCUUUGUACCACAGCCCAUGUACAUGUAUUCGGCGCCAUUCCCGGUGCCAGUGCCCAUUCCUCUGCCCAUACCGGUGCCGAUUUUCAUACCCACGACACGCAACACCUCACAGGGCAUACUGAAGGAGAUUAAGAAGAUUCAGGAUAAAAUGCCCGAAGAUCCACUGGAAGCUGAACUGCUAAUGAUGGCCGAAAUGGUUGCCGAAGAGAAGCACGAAUCGGACUCCGAUUCCGACAAUGAAAUCAAGCCGGAUCCAGGACUUGUCAAUCUGCAAUACCAGAACAGUCUGGAGCAACAGCAACAGCAGCAACAACAACAACAGCAACAAGUGGUUGACGUCAGCGGUGCCAGCCAUAAUCCCUACGGCGAUGAUAUGCUUCAAAUUGCUCUCAAAAUGGCAACUGGCGACUAUGAUAAUCAUCAUCAGACCACCACGGUGGAUCUGGAGUCGACAAUGACGGCCAAUACGAUAACAAAUCAAUCGCCCAUGGGUCAUGACAUGGGUCAAAUGAGCGUGCAUCAUCUGGAUCAGCAGCAUCACAUGCUAGACGCAACGCAACGCGCUCCGCGGGGUCGUAAACGAGGUGGUACCAACAUCACCGUAUUGGAUUCACCUUCCAGGAAUAGUCGAUCGCCGGUGAAAAGGCAACGUGGCAGCGAAAUGGAUCACUCGGCACUGCAGCAACAAUCGCAGCAAGCUCAACAGCCUCAAGAGAAACCGGAUGCACAAUUGUUCCUCAAGUACACAUUCGGUGUGAAUGCAUGGAAGCAAUGGGUGAUGACCAAAAAUGCGGACAUCGAGAAGAGUUCAAUGCGCCGGCGUCCCUUCAAAACGGAAUUGCUGCAAAUGACCGCAGAUGAGCUCAAUUAUUCGCUCUGUCUGUUUGUCAAGGAGGUGCGCAAACCCAACGGCACAGAAUAUGCUCCAGAUACAAUCUACUAUCUUGUGCUGGGCAUUCAGCAAUAUCUUUAUGUAAAUGGACGCAUCGAUAAUAUCUUCUAUGAUCCAUACUACGAACGCUUUACGGAGUGUCUCGAUGAAGUAGCGCGAAAGUUUUCCGUGCUCUACAAUGAUUCACAAUACAUUGUGACACGCGUGGAGGAGGAGCAUUUAUGGGAGUGCAAGCAACUUGGUGCACAUUCGCCUCAUGUGCUGCUGAGCACGCUCAUGUUCUUCAAUACCAAGCAUUUUAAUCUAACCACUGUUGAGGAGCAUAUGCAAUUAUCGUUCUCGCACAUUAUGAAGCAUUGGAAACGCUCAUCGCAGAAUUCAAAAGUGCCCGGCACACGCAAUGUGUUGCUACGUUUUUAUCCACCGCAGGCGGGUCUGGAUGCCAAUCCGCGCAAGAAGAAAGUGUACGAGCAACAGGAGAACGAGGAGAAUCCUUUGCGCUGUCCUGUACGACUCUACGAGUUCUAUCUUUCAAAAUGCCCGGAGAGUGUUAAAACGCGCAACGAUGUUUUCUAUUUGCAACCGGAAAGAUCCUGUGUGCCCGAUUCGCCCGUUUGGUACUCAACGCAGGCACUAGGCCAGGAUGCCCUGCAACGCAUGCUACAUCGGGUUAAGAUGGUUAAGGAAAUCAACAUAGCGCUAUUGACAACUUAAUAUUUAGUUAGACAGGCAGAUACACGCAUACAAUUUGUAUGUGCAAGGAUCAUUAUCUGAUGACACAUAUAUAUUUACAACUUUUGGUGCUUAGCACAAAAUUGUUUGCGGGCAUAAAAACCAAAACAAAAACAGAAACGAAACGAAAAAAAACAAAACAAAACCAGCUAUACUAAGAGAAGCGCCUAUAAACGACCCCUAAUUGAUAAAACAAUAGUUCUCUUUUUAUAAGCAUUAUUUGCAUCUAUGCAUACGUAACAAAAAAAAUAAUAAUAUUAAUAAUGAAUUGUUUGAAAAUUAUCACAAUAUUAGGCUUUGUAUAGAAUAUGAUAUAAAAUUUAAAUUAGUACCCACAUUCAUUGAUCGUAACAGUAAACUUUACUUCAUAUAUUGAGGUCAUCUAUAAAUCGGAAUUUGAUUUCUUCAUACACUUGAUUAGUUUUAGUUAUAUUAGAAAUCCACAUCGAUGACGAUUCACUUUAGUCAUUUACUUAGAAUGUUUAGCGUAAGCUGGAAAGAAUUUUUAUGCUCUUUAAAUGGAGCAGCCCCGAGAGAAGGAAAUGGAAGGAUGCGGGUCGUUUUUGGGCGCGCGUGAAUGUACAUUGAAUAUAUAAUCUAUAACCAUUAAUGAAAAUACUAUGCAGAUGCAGUGUACAUAGAGCAUAAGCAUUAACAAUUAGCCAUUGUCGCGCUGUUCUACUAAGUGUUUUAAAUGUAAAAUGCUGUACUCCUUAAUUAAAAACUAAUUUUAAAUAUACGAUACAAUACACAUGUAUUUUACAACAACCUA